AUGCGUUCAGCAACAAAAAGUCAUCGGUUAUCAGAGAAUGGUUAUGAGGAUCAUAUACACAACAAUAUCUUCAAUUUCAUGGUAGAAGCCAAGGGCAGCAAAUUUGAUCAAAUCACUUCCAUUGAAGAAGCAAAACAGUAUUGGACACCCAUCUUUGCCAAGUACAACUUGACGAAACGAGGUCUAUUAGGAGAAGGCUACGAAUUUGAUAUUGAAGAAUACGAUCACUUUAUACGGCAAGGUGCUUCCAACUUUAUAAAGAAGGACCCUGAGCUUCGAGAAUUCUUACUUUCGCUUCCUCAGAAACGGAAAAUAAUCUUUACCAAUGCUCCCGAAGAAUCAGCGCACGAAAUUUUGAAUUUAUUAGGAGUCUCUGACUUGUUUGAAGCUGUACUAGGGACGACUUUUCUAGAACACAAGAUUUGCAAGCCAGAAUCGGAAGCCUUUGAUAAAGUCAUGAAUCACAUUGGUGUGGCGAAAUCAGAUUAUCACAAAGUGUGCUUCUUUGAAGAUUCCUUCAAGAACUUGGCUGCUGGAAAGAAACUUGGACUUGGAACAGUCUUUGUGUCAUCGUCAACCUUGACUGCAGAAGGUCGAUCAAUUGAUGAUUUGGCGCAGUUUCAAGCCGUCAUUGAAACAAAAGUGGGAAUGGGUCUGAAGAAAUUGCUACCAGAUCUUUGGGAUUGA